AGGGAAUGUGGUUUCAUUGAACGACAGUGCACCUUGCGGAGCGACUCUCGUGAGAUUCGGUGGUUGAGGACCCGGAAAGUUUGGUGAACCAAGUGAAAAUGAGGCCCAGUACAAUUCGAGGAAUCUGCUAUUUUAGUGGGAUAUUUUUCCUGAUUUCCAUCUUCACUUUCCUUAAAAGAAGCCACACAAAAAAAUCAGAAUGGAAUCCUGAGGGUCUAGAUACCAUUAAAAUGGCACCGAAUUUACGCAACGAUGAUUCAGUUCCUAAUUCUGUUCCUUGCAACCAUACCCAAUAUGAUUUUAAGGGAGCAGACCAGGAGGAUCCUCAGCUACUUGAAUACAUCCGACGAGAGUUGUUGGUUCCACCAUCUGUUCAUCCUUACAAUCUGACAAACCCUGGGACAGUUCACUUUUCCCAGUUUAACCAGUCGAAAAUUGCCAAUGCCUUGUUCAAUGGAAUGAGAGACGGGUUCUUUGUCGAAGUUGGCGCCGUCGAUGGAGAGACUUUAAGUAACUCCAUCUUCUUCGAGAGGGAGCUGGGAUGGAGUGGACUGCUGAUCGAGGCAUCACCAAGCUAUUUCAAAGCAAUGCAGAAGAAAAAUAGGAAGGCUUAUUCCAUCCAUGCUGCUCUUGCUGUGACCACAUUUGCUUCUGAAGUCACAUUAGAUGCAGACAUAGGCUACAGCAACAGGUUAAGUUCACAUGUAGUCACAGUGAAAGGAAUUCCCCUUUUCUCUAUUCUUCGGGUCUUGAAUGUUGAAGUCGUAGAUUUCCUGUCUCUGGAUAUUGAAUCGUUCGAAGUAAAGGUACUAAAGACACUUCCAUGGGACAAAAUAAAGUUUAGGCUCAUGUGCAUCGAGGUUAACCACAUCCCAGAAGGCAAGGAGUUCCUAACGGAAUUCCUACAGGAAAAAGGAUACAAAUUCUUAGGAUACGGCCAUAACGAAGUCGAUGCCUGGUAUUCACUACCGGAGCUCCUGGAAACCCACCUGAAACCUUAGCUGAAUGAUAAUUUAGCAAAUUAGAUUGUAUAUUUAUCAAAAAUGUCGUCUGAUGAGACUUCAUGUCUUCGUUGUUUGUCUUUUUCGAGCAUUUCCCAUUAUCGCUUGUUUAAGCGAAUUAGUUAAUUCAAUAAAGUAGUUUGAUGGUA